AUGACCGCCGACCGGGUCGCCACCAAGGGCCCGAAACUGGUCACUCCCGGCACCAACUUCCGAGAUUCAAUACGAAAAGUGUUCAUUUACAAAAAGACCACUGGAAAUAUCACAACCUACAAAUUCUCCGACAAAGGGAGUGUCCCUUACGGCUACGAUCGUAACACGGGAGAGGGUAGCUUUCAGCAGAUGAUUCUUCAGGCUGAAAACGAUGGAGGAAAUCUCUCGAUUUUGCGGGUUUGUACUCACAAGCAAAUGAAGACACAACUCCUUAUCAUUGACGAAGAGUGCGGGAAAAAAUGGGACACCAGUGAUUCAUAUUUCGUCAAUACUAUUCCUCAGCCGGGAAUGACGGAAAUCUGGACGGGCCGACGAUCUCAACGACCCUACGACUCAGGCAUCUCGCUUUCUCCCCUGGAUUCAACUCCAUUUGAGAGUUCCCAACAAGCAUUUUAUGCGCCAGUUGUUGAGAAAAUUGAGAACUCCGAGGAUGAAAACGAAUAUCAAACCAUUUACCAGUUCCAAGGAAGAGUUUCGAAAUAA